AUGGAAGAAUCUGUAAACCAAAUGCAGCCACUGAAUGAGAAGCAGAUAGCUAAUUCCGAAGGCGGAUAUGUGUGGCAAGUCACUGAUAUGAAUCGGCUACACCGGUUCUUAUGUUUUGGUUCUGAAGGUGGGACUUACUAUAUCAAAGAACAGAAGCUGGGCCUUGAGAAUGCUGAAGCUUUAAUCAGGUUGAUUGAAGAUGGCAGAGGAUGUGAAGUGAUACAGGAAAUAAAGUCCUUUAGUCAGGAAGGCAGAACCGCAAAGCAGGAACCCACGCUCUUUGCCCUCGCUAUUUGCUCUCAGUGUUCCGACAUAAGCACCAAACAAGCUGCCUUCAAAGCUGUUCCUGAAGUUUGUCGCAUCCCUACACACCUCUUUACUUUCAUCCAGUUUAAGAAAGAUCUAAAGGAAAGCAUGAAGUGUGGCAUGUGGGGUCGUGCCCUCCGGAAGGCUGUAGCAGACUGGUACAAUGAAAAGGGUGGCAUGGCCCUCGCCCUGGCAGUUACAAAAUACAAACAGAGAAAUGGCUGGUCUCACAAAGAUCUGUUAAGACUGUCGCAUCUUAAACCUUCCAAUGAAGGACUUGCUAUUGUCACCAAAUAUAUUACAAAGGGCUGGAAAGAGGUCCAUGAACUGUAUAAAGAAAAAGCGCUUUCUGUGGAGGCUGAAAAAUUAUUAAAGUAUCUCGAGGCUGUAGAGAAAGUGAAGCACACAAAAGAUGAACUGGAAGUCAUUCAUCUGAUAGAAGAGCACAGACUGGUUAGGGAACAUCUCCUAACAAAUCACUUAAAGUCUAAAGAGGUAUGGAAGGCUUUGUUACAGGAAAUGCCUCUCACAGCAUUACUUAGGAAUCUGGGAAAGAUGACAGCUAACUCAGUGCUUGAACCAGGAAACUCAGAAGUGUCUUUAGUAUGUGAAAAGCUGUGUAAUGAAAAACUGUUAAAAAAGGCUCGUAUACAUCCAUUUCAUGUUUUAAUUGCGUUAGAAACUUAUAAGACAGGUCAUGGGCUCAGAGGAAAACUGAAGUGGCGCCCCGAUGAAGAAAUUCUACAAGCUUUGGAUGCCGCUUUUUAUAAAACAUUUAAGACAGUCGAGCCAGCUGGAAAGCGUUUCUUACUGGCAAUCGAUGUCAGUGCUUCUAUGGACCAAAGAGUUUUGGGUAGUGUACUCAAUGCAAGCACAGUAGCUGCAGCAAUGUGCAUGGUUGUCACACGAACAGAGAAAGAUUCUUCUAUAGUUGCUUUUUCAGAUGAAAUGGUACCAUGUCCAGUGACUACAGAUAUGACCUUACAACAAGUUUUACUGGCUAUGAGUCAGAUCCCAGCAGGUGAAACUGAUUGCUCUCUUCCGAUGAUCUGGGCUCAAAAGACAAAUACAGCUGCCGAUGUCUUCAUCGUAUUCACUGAUAACGAGACCUUUGCUGGAAGUGUCCAUCCUGCUAUCGCUCUGAGGGAAUAUCGAAAGAAUAUGGAUAUUCCAGCUAAAUUGAUUGUUUGUGGAAUGACAUCAAGUGGCUUUACCAUUGCAGACCCAGAUGACAGAGGCAUGCUGGACAUGUGUGGCUUUGAUACUGGAGCUCUGGAUGUGAUUCGAAGUUUCACAUUAGACAUGAUUUAA